CCGGUAUAUACACAUUGCAUCAUGGAAGAAAACGAUGUAAACCGGUCUGAAAUCCAAGAACAAAUUAAGGCACAAGGAGAGAUAGUCAGAAAACUUAAAACAGAGAAAGCUGACAAAGAUAAGAUUUGCUGACCUGGAUUUUUAUCUCCUUUCCAUAUUUUUGUUCCUCCUUCACCCGCUGUUGCCAUGGUUCUUCCUCUUUGUAAAUUUCAUCACCGAUUUCUGAUUCGUCAUCUUCGUUGUCUGGCUGUACGGUUUUGUUCAAAUGAACAGAUCAGUGAAGAGGUGGCCAAGUUGUUAGAGCUGAAAGCCAAGCUUGGAGAUGAUUCACAGAAGUCUAAAUUUGUCCUCAAAUGUCCCAAGGGGACAAGGGACUACAACCCCCAGCAGAUGGCCAUCAGGGAGGGGGUAUUUAACACGAUAAUCAAGUGUUUCAAACGUCACGGGGCUGAAACAAUCGACACACCUGUGUUUGAGCUUAAGGAAACACUGACAGGAAAAUAUGGAGAAGACUCGAAGCUGAUUUAUGAUUUAAAGGACCAAGGGGGAGAACUCUUAUCCCUACGAUAUGAUCUAACGGUUCCUUUUGCAAGAUAUCUAGCAAUGAAUAAGAUUCAGAAUGUAAAACGUUAUCACAUCGCCAAAGUGUACCGCCGAGACAACCCAGCCAUGACAAGAGGCAGAUUUAGAGAAUUCUACCAAUGUGAUUUUGACAUUGCUGGUCAGUAUGAUGCUAUGAUUCCUGACGCUGAGUGUGUAAAAAUUGUGUCAGAAAUCUUGACUCAGCUGGACCUCGGGGACUAUGUUAUAAAGAUCAACCACAGAAAGUUUCUGGACGGAAUGUUUGCCGCAUGCGGUGUCCCAGAUGACAAGUUCCGGGGAGCGUGUUCUGCGGUGGACAAACUAGAUAAGACAUUUUGGGAAGAUGUCAGAAAUGAGAUGAUCCAUGAAAAAGGCAUUGAUCCCAUUGCUGUAGAUAAAAUUGGAAAAUUUGUGGAAUUGAAAGGUAGAGUAGAUCUGAUCGACAAACUUCUACAGGACGAGUCAAUAAAAGCACAGAAAUCAGCCGUGGAAGGCCUAGAAGAUUUACGACUACUGCUUAAAUACCUAGAUUUAUAUGGAAUAACAGACAAGGUUAUAUUUGACCUGAGUUUGGCUAGAGGACUUGAUUAUUACACUGGUGUCAUUUAUGAGGCAAUUUUACAGGGUUUUGCCCACUCGCCUAAGUCUGUCGACGGAGAUGAGAGUGUCAGUGUGGGCAGUGUGGCAGGAGGAGGCAGGUAUGAUGGACUCGUCGGAAUAUUUGACGCCAAAGGCAAGAAAGUUCCCUGUGUAGGCGUCAGUAUUGGGGUGGAGAGGGUCUUCGCAAUCAUGGAAUCUAGAGCUCAGGCUUCAAACACUAGGACCAGAACAACAGAGACAGAUGUUUACGUUGUUUCAGCUCAGAAAAAUUUAGUGGAGGAGAGAAUGAAGAUUUGUAAGGAAUUGUGGGAUGCAGAUAUCAAGACUGAGCAAUCCUACAAGAGGAACCCUAAGGCCCUGGACCAGUUUCAGUAUUGUGAAACCAACUGUAUCCCAAUAGCAAUAAUUAUAGGAGGAUCUGAAAUAGAGCAAAAGGUCGUGACCCUCAGGAUAGUGGGCACCAGAGAAGAGAGAACGGUCCCUAGAGAGAAGAUGAUAGAAGAAAUUAAAUCGGUCCUAUCAAAUUUGAAUUGAAAAUUACAUUACUUUUAAUGACAGACAUUUAUUUAUUUUCAACAAGGACUAUGUACUGUUUCAAGUACAUUUUGUGUUUAUCUAUGUGUCCGAGAUGAUUCAAAGUUACCAGUCUUGUAAUUCAAUAAUCAUGAUUUUUCAAGGACUAUGAAACCUAAUUAAUUACCAGAGCAACACAACAAAUUAAAGUAGUCAAUGUUAAAAAAAAUUCUGAAAUUUCUAAUAAAAAAUUUUUAAAUUCAUAAA